UCUAUAAAUACCGUCGGGAUCCUUUUACCGGCUUGCACACCAGUCUCACCCACCACGGAAGCGACACAGCCAGCUUAAUUUUUUUUAUCCCAGCAUUCUGGUCUAAUGGACACACUCUUUGUAAAUGCUUUUCAAGAAUCAUCAGUCUAGAAAGACUCACACUACCUACUCAGCAGGCCCGGGCCUUGAGUUGUAUUUGAAGGGAUUUAACUUCACUGGUGAGCCGCCUUGGCUUCUCUGCACCUGAGAAACCACCAACUCUAUAUUCCAUCUCUUUCCUAUCCAAUUUACUUGUGACUAAGAGGACUUCUUGUGACCAUGAACACUUCUACUUCCACCGAGUUUGACUUCUCUUUCUUGGAAGAGGGCUUCUCUGCCCGGGAUAUUGUUGAGCAGAAGAUCAACGAGUCAUCCACCACGGAUGACCGGGAUGCCUUCUACGUCUGUGACCUGGGAGAUGUGCUAAAGAAACAUCUGCGCUGGGUGAGGGCCCUGCCUCGAGUCACUCCUUUCUAUGCCGUCAAAUGCAACAACAGCCGGGCCGUGGUCAUGACCCUGGCGUCCCUGGGAGCCGGCUUUGACUGUGCAAGCAAGAAUGAGAUUCAUUUGGUCCAGUCUCUGGGAGUGGAUCCAAGCAGAAUCAUCUAUGCAAACCCCUGCAAGCAAGUUUCUCAAAUCAAGUAUGCAUCUGCCCAUGGGGUGCGGAUGAUGACCUUUGACAGCGAGGUGGAACUCAUGAAAGUGGCCCGCUGUCAUGAAAAUGCCAAACUAGUGCUGCGUAUUGCCACAGAUGACUCAAAGGCAGUGUGUCGCCUGAGUGUGAAGUUUGGGGCCCCACUCAAAGCUUGCCGUGGUCUUCUGGAGUGUGCCAAGAAGCUGCAGCUCGAUGUGAUCGGCGUCAGCUUCCACGUCGGCAGUGGCUGCACCGAUCCGCAGACCUACAGCCAGGCUAUCGCCGAUGCCCGCUGCGUCUUCGAUAUGGGGGAUGAGCUUGGCUUCAACAUGGACCUGUUGGACAUUGGAGGAGGUUUCCCCGGUUCUGACGAAGCUGAACUCAAAUUUGAAGAGAUCACCGGAGUGAUCAGCCCGGCCCUGGACAAGUUCUUUCCUGCUGACACUGGUAUUAAGGUGAUUGCAGAGCCAGGGCGCUUUUAUGUGGCCUCUGCUUACACCCUAGUGGUCAACAUCAUUGCCAAGAAGGCCAUCGUGGACGACGAGUCGGCCUCUGACGAGGAAGACGAAGGGACCAAUGAUACGACUCUGAUGUACUAUGUCAAUGAUGGAGUUUAUGGAUCCUUCAACUGUAUACUCUAUGACCACGCUCACUGUUUGCCAACACUACUUAAGAAGCCAAAGCCGGAUGAGGCCAUGUACACCUGCAGUAUCUGGGGUCCGACAUGCGACGGCCUUGACCGCAUCGUGGAGCAGUGUGACCUGCCUGACCUGCAGGUGGGCGACUGGCUGGUCUUUGACAACAUGGGCGCCUACACCGUGGCUGCCUCCUCCACCUUCAACGGCUUCCAGAAACCAGACAUCUACUACGUCAUGUCCCGCACUGCCUGGCAACAGGUGCAGAGGAUCUGUUCCCAGGGCUUGCCACCUCCUGCGGAGGAGUCCUGUGUGUUGGAUGUGCCAGCUUGCUGCGGUCGAGAGAGCAACUUGGAGCUGCCCACUAAGCCCUGCCAGGCCCACGUGGUUUAAACACAUGCUGUACAUCACAGCAAUCUUCUAUGGAUCAGCACCCUUUGGUUAUUAAUUGUUGAAGUCUUAUUUUUUCAUUUUUCCCAAAUGUGCAUCAACAUUUAAAGGCCAGUAACUUGCAGGAGAAGGAGAGGGACCAGCUGCUGCAGAACUGUCUGUGUUCUGUAUGGAAGUGGGGAUCAACGCAAUGAAAUGUGUCUGUGUGUGUGUGUGUGUGUGUGUGUGUUUUUUAGGGGACAUCUGUGUACUCGGGGUCGUCGUGGCGCAGGGGUUAGAGAAAGUGUGCUGGGAAGCAUAAGGUUGUUGGUUCGAUUCCAGGCUGCCCCAUGUUCCAUGUCGAAGUGUCCCUUAGCAAGACACCUAAUUGUCGCAAAAGUCGCUUUGGAUAAAUGCGUCUGCUAAAUGACCUGUAAUGUAAUGUACUCCAGCUCAUUGCUGCAGGCCCCCACUGUACCAGUAUUUAGUGAAACUGGAGUAAUCAAGAAAGCAUUUUUCCUAACUAACACGUGCAGGUAGAUAACCUUGUUUAGUUGAAAUCUACUCCACUGAAUUUGACCUGUCCCUGUAAAGCUCACACCAUGGCAAACGGUGGAAAAAGCCUUGUUAACAUUUGGAGUCACAUUCCUAGGUAGUUACAGGGUUGGUUUAAUUCCUCAGAAAUGGCUGCUAUGUUUAUAUUUACAUUUUCCAUGAUCUCCACUACUGUACAGAACUCCUCAAGAUGUCAAUGUUUCAAAAAACGCACCAAAAAAUAACUUUGUAUUGAUAAUUGUAGGAAAACAUCUGCAUGUCAUAGCAAUAUGUAGUGUGUGUGUGUCCGGGCACUGAAGUGUGAGGCAUUGAAUGAAUCAGACCGCUUAAGGUGCACACAUUUGUUCUGCUCCCCUCACAAAACAGUUUCCACUAAAUAAACAUGAAUUAAUACUUAAAACGCAGGGACUCGAGACACAGACUGCACCUCCCCUCUACUCCACCUUUAAAUUGUUAUUUGAUUUCUAAUGUCUUGAGUCUGCUUUGAUAUGAUUUAAGAACAGGUGUGAAAACCAUGUAUUUGAAAUGGAUACGAAAGAGAUGGGAUUGCAAAUUCAUAAUGCUUUCCUAUGGAAACUUUUUUUGAAGUUUUGUAUUUUUUUAAUAAAUAAAGCAUUAGGUGCAGAACCAA